CCUUGGGCUGCCAGGGGGUGGGGCCUUAUAGAGUCCUGUGGGGGCUAGAGUCCAUCUCACAAGAGCAGCAUCAGUCCUAGUAAAGACUGAAAAGUAUGGGCAAGAAGACUGAAGCAUCCCUGUAAGACCCAAGAAGAAAGACCUCCUUGCUCAACUUUUUGCCUUCCCAUGACCCUAUGACAAGAAAAUCCACAGUGGUCUUCCGGUGAAAUCUGUGUGUCUGUGUACUCCAAGAUACUAAGCACAGCGUUCUGCCUCCGACUAUCUCCUGCAGCUGUCUCGUGAAUAGAAGAAAAAGGGAUCAGAAAAAUGGAAUUCUCAGAGGUGCUGCUUAAAGGCAAUGGUCUGACUUUGGCUUAAAUGAUUCUUAGAAAUCAUCCGACCAACUCUUUCAAUUUAUAGAUGAGAAAACUGAGUCAAAGAGAAACAGGCUGAAGGACUAUGGAGGCGAGUACCAAGGCGGCCGUCGGCACUGGGGAUAUGGAGGCGAGCACCAAGGCGGCCAUCUGCACUGUUUGCAGCAGCUUUGUUUUUUUCCAGAUUCUUUUCCAUUUUGUCAGUUACCGGUUUUCAGCAAGAGUUUCUUCAGGUUAUAACAGUCUUAGCACCGACAAAAAGAUUGAAUGGAACUCAAGGGUAGUAUCCACGUGCCACUCUUUGUUAGUUGGGAUUUUUGGCUUAUACCUCUUCUUCUUCGAUGAGGCCACUAUAACUGAUCCGCUCUGGGGUGAUCCAACGUAUGUGAACAUAAAUAUUGCAACUGCUUCAGGCUACCUCAUUUCUGAUUUAUUGAUUAUACUUUUAAAUUGGAAAGUGAUCGGCGACAAAUUUUUUAUAAUUCACCACUGCGCAGGACUAACUGCAUACUACUUUGUAUUGACAACCGGAGUGCUUGCCUACAUUGCCAAUUUCCGCCUGCUUGCCGAGCUUUCCAGCCCCUUUGUAAACCAGAGGUGGUUCUUUGAAGCCCUGAAGUACCCCAAGUUUUCCAAAGCCAAUGUCAUCAAUGGAAUUCUUAUGACGGUGGUCUUUUUCAUUGUGCGGAUCAUUUCGAUACCUCCGAUGUAUUUCUUCCUUUACUCCGUGUACGGAACAGAACCCUACAUAAGGUUCGGAUUUGUAAUCCAGUUUGUCUGGAUCGUUACUUGUAUUAUUUUAGAUGUGAUGAAUAUCAUGUGGAUGAUCAAAAUCACGAAAGGAUGCAUCAAAGUCAUCUCUCUCAUCAGACAAGAGAAAGCCAAGGAUAGCCUUCAGAACGGGAAACUCGAUUAAAGGCGUGCUUCAUCAGACACCUUGUUUCCAUAAGCCAUCUUCAUUCCUCUUUGUCCUGUCCGACAAGAUGAGCUCCUGCGCUGCUCUGUUAGGCACAGUUGUUACUCAUGGUUUCAGUGUUCUUUCCUCUUUUCUUUAAUCUUUACACAAGAGAAAAUAAAAUUUAGUCUUCACCCCAGGAUUUCUUCUUUCCUUCAAUACUUUUAAGCAUGGAUGGAAACUGAAAGGUUUAAGCAAAAGUUGUAAGUGAAGUGGCGAAACUUUUCUGAAUUCGUCAGUGUUCCUGGGGAUUAUUCUCUGCAGGAAAAUGGCUGGUGAUUUGGUGGCCUUUGUACACCACCCAUUUUAUUUUGCUGAAGGACUGAGAACAGCUUUUCAGUCUGUGAGCAGCUCCGUUGGCUGUGCUCCGUUCUUUCCCAACAUCGGUGCCUGUGUAGGGUUUCCUUUCUAAGUUGCCAGCACGUCCCUUCCCCAGGCCAUCAGCAAUGACACAGUUUCAUGGGGGGGGGGGGUAUGCAGUCAUCUGUUACGAUAUGAUAGAGCACUUCUCAUGUUGAUCCUAUCAUAUUUGAAAAUACUUUAUGCAUUUUUAAGAUUUCAAAUGCUGCUUUGUUUCUCUCUUUAGUGCUUUAUCUAAUUACAUUUUGAAAAUCUUAUAGUCAGGCAAGGUUUAAGACCCAUCUUGUGGACCACAGGAAUGCCGAUAGAUGACAGCUUGGGCUAAUGGGAGGACUCCCGGGAGGACUCCUGGGAGGACUCCCGGGAACGUGCCUCAUCACGCUGCCUUCGCCUGCUUCCUGGUACUUUCCCCAUAAAGAUCAUAUUUCUUCUGCAAAGUUUUCCAAGUUCCAAACCUGACACCAGAACACCAGUCUUUUCUAGAAUGUGCGCGCUGGGUAUGCUCCUGAAAUCAGCCUCAUUUUGGUGAGACUAAAACUACAGACAAGUUAGAGUUUGUGCUUUACUUAUAGGUUUUACUCAGGCUUGCUUAGUUUGUCUUUGCCUUUUUGUUAAAGAGCAGAAGGAAGGAAGGUGACUUAACCCAAGCAUUCUGAUUAUCAAAACUGUCAUUCAUUGUGAAAAAAAAUAAUCGUGUGUGUGUGUGUGUGUGUGUGUGCGCGCGUGCAUGCGCAUAGAGGGGUGUUUUUCCUUUGCUUCUUGCAAUCCAAAUAUAGAGUUAUAUAUUUAGCUAUUAUUGCCUUUAUUUAUUUUUUUCUGAAGUACUUGACUUUAAUGAUUGUUCUUAAGAUCUAGACUUAAUCCAAUUAGUGGUGAAUACUUGAAUUUAACUGAACUUAAACCAAAAGAUCUAAUCCAUUUAGAGUAUCAGACUGAAGGAGAACGUUUGGCUCUUUCAUUAUUCAUCUUAGGCUGAUGAACUAAUGGAAUGUCAUCAAAACAUUUAAUGUAAUGUAGUUUGAUUUAAUUGUCUAGUACAGAUAGAGUCUGGCAAGUUCUGGUAUGUUUAAAGAUGGGAAUUGAAAUUCCAGUCCAAUGAUAAAAAUCAAGUCGAUUGUCUUGUUCUUGGUGUAUUUACUUUUGAAAGAUAAAGUCAUGAAAAAGUCAUGCUUUGUCUUUAAAGCAGCUAAUGCCACAUUGGUAAUGGCUUGCUAAGUUUAGUGCUGUCUCCAUCAUAGGCACUCAGGUGUGCACUGGUUGUGUAAAAGUGAAGGUAUAGGGAUGCAAAUGAUUUUAUAUUGUUCAUGGCUCUUUUACAAGAAAAUGGACUUUUUUUUAAUGGAGAGAAGACAUUUAUAUUAUAAAACUAUUUUGGAAAUUCACUAAGAAAAGAAUAAAUCUUGAGGUAAAUAUUUUUGGCUCUUUGGCUAGUACUACAGUUCUGAACACAGAUUUUAAACUCGCCAUUAAAAUGAUGGCAGUGUAUGGUUAUGAGUCUCCAUGGAGGCAAAAUGCUUCAUGCUGAAAGGGUCAUUUGUAUUUCGUUGCUUGUAUCAUUGCUCGAUAUAACCAGUAAGUACAUUCGGAAUAUCAAACAUUAAACCCAGAUUUGCCAUUGUAGCCCUUAUUAGCUGCAGCAUCCAGACUUCCACUCUCCUCAUUCUUUCUAGAAGGGAACUGCAUUGGGAAUGCCCUGCAAACUGCCACUGCAAGCCAGCCCUCCCCUGGGGCUGUCUUUUGCUGUUUUGUGAUCACAUUUAUCAACCUAAAAUACAAAUAAAGACAGAACAUAGUAUUUGCUAAAACAAUGAAAUUUUCAUUUAUUGAAUGACAAAUUUUUGCUAGAUAUUUUAGAUAUAAGUAUUUUGGCUACAUUGAUUAAUUUAAAUGAGUCUAUUAGGCAUUCUGAUAUUUAACAAGUCUUAAAAUAUUUAUAGAAAAUAAAAGCAAAUUGGUAUAAAUUUUUAAGCAAUUCUAUUUUUCUAGAGAAGAUUAGUGACAAUCUGAAUAUGUAGUAUUCUAGAAAAUAAACUUUAAAAAAAAAGAGCAAAACUCAACUAGUAGCAUGCAAGAUUGUGGGCCCUGCACUUAAGGCAUUUGAAGCUUGGGUUCAUAGAAUUUGCAUUCUUGUGUCUAAAAUCAUUUGGAGGAUUGUUUGCAUUUAUUUGAAAUUCAAAAUGGAGUUACAUAUGCAUGCAAAGAAAUUAAAGUACCCUGGUAUGUUGGCUUUUCAAACUUGAAAUGGGUAUUUUCUAUUUUGUUUUCUUUGUUUUCUGUUAUUUCGUAGACCAGUUAUGUGUUCAGAGGAAUUUUGGUAGGUUUUACCAUCUCUGAAAGUCACCCUGCUUUAUUUUGGAUAAACUGGGUGCAUACAUAGGUUUGGAAAAUUGCCUAAUUUAUAGGUAUUUGGAUGAAAUUCUUCCAUAAAUUUUAAUAAUUUGCUUAAGUCAAAGUUUUUGUUCAAGUGUCAGAUGUGUCAAUUGCUUCCUCUGAAGCCUUGGGCAUUUAGAGACAAGUUCUUUGUGAGGUUUCUGUGUAACCCCUGGAGGCAUUUCUUAGGCAUUUGGAAAUGUAGUUUGUCAUGAAUGAAUGCACAAAGGGAGAAGUCCCAUCCUUACACACAUUUCUUUGCUUUCAUUGUUAAGAAAAAAAUCAACAUGUCCCACAAGACCCCAUUAACAUAUCUGGAUAUGUUUAUUCCUGCAUUGCUGAUAGCUCCAAAUAUGUUAAUAUGCAUCUUAACGAUUGGUCUGUGUGUAUUCAUUGCCUUGCUUUAAGAACUUUAGCAGUCUGUGCAGUUGAAAAGCCCACAUAGUUAUGGGCAUCAGUAAUGUUUCAUAGAAGGUUAUGUAUCUUGUGCUUUGGAUUUCAUCAAAAGGAAACAUUGUAUUCUGUUAGAUCGGCAGAGUGUUUUUCCGCAGGUGUGAACCAGCACACUGGUGAGAAUCUUCCUGUAUGAAGAGUCUCCGAAUGUGCACACACGCCUCCCAGCCUUAACCACAACUGGCUCAUGCCAAAGCCUACUGAAAGCUAAGCCUGAUGCAGAACUCUGAUGAUGUGUGCAGAAAUGAGAAAAUCCUACAGGACCCUGAGUGGGAGGAGAUAGCAAGUCUGUUUUUCCUUUCAGAGAUGUUAUCUCUUCCUUUAUUGAUCCUUUUCUAGCUGAGCUCGCCUGGCUUGUUCAUCGCUAACGCCCCACAGACUUCAGUAUCCCCUUUCCAUAUGCCAGGGCCUUUUUAAUGUCUCUUUCUGAGACACCACCACUCAUCUGGAUGCGUCUCAAUUUCUUGUGGCAAGUUUCAGAGUUUACAAACAGGUUUCCUCACGCACACAAGCAUUGUAGGAGGUAUAAAUAAAGAUCUGACAAACCACAGUUUAUUAAGAGGCUAUAGGAAGCCAGUCAGUGUAUAAUAACAUGUGUUUACAACAUGAAACAAAGGUAAUUAUGGUUUUAUUAAGAAACAUCUGUAAGCUCUUUCUUAAACCGGUUUAGCAAUAAGAGUUUUAUAAAGUGUUUCAGCUAUGGAUUUAUUGUAGGUGUGUUAAUUAUAUAAAUGUUCGUUAUAGACCCUACAGCAGUAUUGAGGGUGCAAAACAGAGUUGUUUUGAUGAAGGCAGGGUCUGGCUUGUGGCGAAUUGUUUUAGAGUCUUCAACAUUAAACAAUUUCCGUGGUACUAUUUAAGACUUCCUAGCUAAUAAGUUAUUUAGUGUUUCUCGGAGUACAACAGCCAGGGACUUGAGCCCUGGUUCCUUUGUGGUCCAGACUUCAGCUCCCAUCCACUAGAUAGACUUUGUCAUACUUUGUUUUCUAUUACAAUGGUCAGCUUCGAAAGAUGGGUGUAUUUGCAUUGAACGCGUUCAAAUGUAUCCACUCUGAAGAGCAGUUUUGAUAUCAGGUCCUACACAGGACCAAACACAAUUAAAGCUGUUUCUCCACCUCAGAUUCAUAAGCUCUGUACCUCUGCCUGGAAAUUUGUUAGUCACCAUCUCAAUCCUUUCCUUUGCAUUUUUAUGUAAUUCUGCAGUUGGUGUGUGUUAUAAUAAUUUGCUCCUUUUUGGUGAAUGGAACCUAAAAAUACGGCUGUAAAUAAAAUGUGCUCUGUAAUUUUGUUUGUUGCUUGAUUGGUUUCUGUAGGACUACGUCUGCUUUUUACUUAAGGAAUUUUUGUGUAGAUUAUAUUCUUAAAAGUAGGAUAAACUAUGAAGUUUUUGAGUUGUCUGAAUUUGUAAUAACAUUUCAACAUAGAUCUUAUUUGCAAAAGCUACUUUAAAACUGCAGUACAUGCAUCAGCUAUAGUGAGAUGUACGAUUUUUCUCUGAUACUAUAAUAUAUAAUAUUGUCAAAAUAUGCUUAAUAAUUUAUUUCCAUAAGACUGAAGAGUUUUAUUUACAAAACAUAAGACCACAUAAUUUAUAAACCAGUGUUACUAAGGUGUAUCAGUAAUGAAAAUACAACCUAGGAACUUCGAUUUGGUUUCUGGUUGUGCUUUGUUUGAAGGGAUAAGUGUCUUUUCAGUACUUUCAUUAAACUUUUGAAAUGUUUGUAUACUUUGUAUGUGUGCCAUUUUGAAGUUUAUGCAAGUUCUAAGCAAUAACCUGCAUGUUCGACCUGAUCAGCAUCCUUUGUCAUGACAGUUUCCUUUACGUAUUAAGAAUGACACAGAUCAAUAUUGUAUAACUCUCCCCUCUCCCAGUGAACACCUUGGGAGUUUCCUCUGUUAAAACACUACUAUAAUGUGGUGCAAAACUUUGUAUUUUGUGAAAGAAAAAUAAAGUCACGAUUAUUUAGUGCAAAA